CAUCUGUUUUCUCAUUAUUCAUUUCAUAACAGAAAAAAGUCACUGCUGCUUGAAAUAAGUUGCUAGAUUGGCAAGACAGCUGUGCAAAAGGUGAAUCUAAAGCAGAAUAUGAUCCUCUAGGGAAAGAUUUGUAUUUAGAAACCUUCACAGGAUUUGGAGCUGUUCCUUUCCCAAUUAGUAUACAUAGUGAAGAAGCUACCUUCUCUAAUAUCCUGAUUUUAUUUUUUUCAUUUUGCACUGUCAGCUUGGUGAACUAAUCUUAUCAUUUUUCCACAACGAUUCAGACAAAAUCUGUACUGAAUGAAUUGUUUUCUAACAGAUGUAAGGAUCUCUGAGCAGAAUAGUGUACAUACAUGGCAAUUGAAAAGACAACUUCAGCCAAACAGAACUGACUACAGCUAAUCUAACUAGGAGAUUGGGAUGGCUUAUUUCUUGUUUCAAGCUAAGACACUGAUUUUUAUUGCACUUUUCGUAUUAAUUUAUCUGUACCUAGGGACACAGUCGCAUACCGAGGGGACUGCAGCUCAUGUAUUUGCCAGGUGGAAGAGAAAAGCAGAUUUUCUGCUGGUGCCAGAAAUAAACUGUAAGGUAGACACUCCAUUUCUUGUGAUUCUUGUAACCUCAACGUAUGAUCAACUGGAUGCUCGCAUGGCCAUACGAGAAACAUGGGGCAAAGAAAGACUAAUCCAGUACAGAAAAGUUGUGACUUUUUUUCUACUUGGAACUACAACAAAUAAUACUCAUCAGACUCUAUUAGCCAAAGAAAAUAAACAGUACGGAGAUCUUAUUCAAAAAAAUUUCCUCGACACCUAUCGAAACCUAACUUUAAAGACUUUAAUGGGUAUAGAGUGGGCCCAUCAAUUCUGUUCUUCUUCUAGCUUUGUUAUGAAGACUGAUACAGAUAUGUUUGUCAAUAUAUUUUAUCUUGUAGAACUUUUGCUAAAGAGGAAAAGCAAGACAAGCCUUUUUACUGGAUUUAUAAAGUUACAUGAAAAACCAUUAAGGGGAGCAUCAAGUAAGUGGUAUAUCAGUGAGGCCGAAUACCCUGAUAAGCUGUUCCCACCCUUUUGUUCUGGAACAGGUUAUGUUUUCUCUACAGAUUUAGCACAUAAGAUUUACAAUGUGUCACUUAGCGUUCCAAAGAUAAGCUUGGAAGAUGUAUAUAUUGGACUCUGUCUUUCAGAGUUAAAUAUAAUUCCAGAACCUCUCUCCACCAAACGUAUAUUCUUUUCGGAAAAAGUUACAUUUUCUGUAUGUGGUUUUCGUAAUAUUGUGACUAGCCAUCGGAUCAAACCAUAUGAGCUGCUGCUCUAUUGGAAAGAACUAGAAAAUUCUGCAGAUCUUGAGUGCAAAAGUGGCAGUGAUGAUUUAGCAUAACCAAAACUAACAUUAUGCGUAUUUCACAAAGACAGAAGUUUUAAUAUCACAUGCAUUGAAAUGAUAGUUUGAAAUAGAUUUUUAAAGGUAUGCCUACAAUUUUGAAAAGACACUGCCAUAAUUUAGAAUGAAUAAAUACCUAUCAAAUAUGUGUGCCUUGUGAAUGUUUUAUCUCUAAGCACAGUACCUCACAUUUUCUUCCAGUUCAGAAAUUCAUUGGAGAAAAGAAGUCUUAAAUUAACACCAAAUUAAGAGAGAAGUGCAUUAGUGUAAAUUUUACUGUUUACACAUCACCUCUGUUUUGGUGAUUUCUGAUGCAUUUUAUGUUGUUUUAUCCUUUAGUAAUGCGAAUAUACUUUUAUUGUAAGUAACAGCCAGUAGCUGAUUCUUGGAUAAUCAUGGCAGUAAACUGAAAUUUUAAAUGAUGCUGCACCCCCAGAAGCCAAGAAUUUUGUAAUUGUGUUUCUUACUGAUGUAUAGUUCUUACCUGAAAAGGAUGCUUAUUAUUUACAGCUCAACAAUGGAUUUUUAGAAUUUUGGUGAUGCGGUCAUUUGCUUAGUUUUGGACAUCAGACAAAAGUUCUUUUAAUUGUUCGUAAUUUUUAAGAGAAGCAAAAUGGUUGACAUUUUGUAGCAAAAUAAUCAUAAUAAUAAUAAAAAAAAUGUCAUAAUAUUCUAUAAAAGGUAUAGGGAUAUCAAAAUUACCUAUACUCUGUUGACAAGAUUCUUCAACCAUUCAUCAUCAGGAUAUUAAAGCAGCAACAGGGAAAAAAAAUCACAGCAGUUCUAUUUAAAAAUUUAAUAAGUACUUGCUGAUAUGAUUGCCAUCUCAUACUAACUCCAUAACAUGAGUUCUUUGGUGUGUAUAGCACCAACAUUUUGAUAUUAAAUACAAAGACUGGAAUUCACUUAGGAGACAAAAACUAGGGCACAACAUUUAAUACUCACUGGCAUAUAAUGUGAUAUGUAUUAGAUUCAUUGAAUACAUCGCCUGUGAAGUCUCAGACAUGACAACUAUGGCUAAAUGUUUUGCACCCAUGGUUCUAAAAUGGAAGUAUCUAAAACACAAACAUAGAGUAAUAUUUUACCCUUAUGAAAUGGUUCUCUACAAGUUAAAACAAAAUGACAUGGUCUUUUUCCCUUUGCAGCUGCCAUCUUUCACAUGUUAUCCAAGACUCUUUUUCUACCUCAUUUCUCCUCACUACCAUGUUACAUGCAGGUAAGAUAAACAGGGUGAAGGCAAGAUCACAAUAAUCCUAUAGAGGUAGGACAGGGCCAAGAUAAACUGAGAAUUAACUGGGGUGCACAUAUUUUUCUACUUAUAUAGAACUGUAAACUUUUUUGGCUCAUACCAACCUGAUCUUCAAGCCUUCCUUGUCCUUUCUUGGCUCCUUGUUAACUUCUUUUCUCCAUUGUGCUUGGCUUUAGGAUCACACACACACCCACUGGAGCAUCUCAUGUUUUGUGUGGUGACCAUCUUUUCAUAAGCACAUUUUUCUUUUUCAUGCAAUGGGAAGGUGAACGUUUGGUUAUUCUGAUGAUCCCUAAGGUCGGCUUCAAUUUUUUUUUUAAUAUGCAACGUUCCCUUUACUUGCUGUCUGGAAUGUCAUAUGUAAUGUCUGUCACAUCAAAUUUGCAUAUCAACUUGUGUUCAGGCUGCUGUGAGGCCCCUUUAACUACAGUAUAGUGCACAUGUUGGCAGGCUGAUUCCCACCAAAGCUCACUGCAUAUUGAGUGGAUUCCUUCUUGCAGGAGCAAGUGUCUAAAUCACAGGUUUAUAACUUGCAGUCUUCCCUACAGGAUGGGUGAAUUGGGCAUUUAUUGCUUACUCCCAUCUGCAACCCUGGCCAACUCCUUUGGCAUUUGAGCCUGCUAGUUGACCCCAGGUUGAAUAAGAUUCAGUCAGGGCUCUAUCCUUUUAUGUUGCAAGCCGAACUUUAUUUUAUUCACACUUACAGGAACUUUUUCAUGUAAUUCCACUUUACAAUAAAUCUCCUUAUGGUGUCAUGGUAUUGCUUUGAAAUGUAUUCCUUACUCAAGUGACUUGCCAAUUAAUAAUAAGCAACGUGUGAAAGGGUAGGCUGUGAGGAACAAAAUAAAACUAAAGAUUUUUUGUCUAGGUUACAUUGCAAUGGUGAUAUCAGCCAUUGUUUUUAAUUUAUUACAAAUAAUUUCACAUUCAUAUUAAUACUUUCAUAACCUGAUGAACUGUGCAUUGUUGAAGGGCAUUGUGUAACAUAUUGUGGUGGAAGGCAGAAAAAAUGAUGUAUUACUGUACUGGAAAUGCUGCCAGUUGUGUUUUACAUUAUGAACGCAUGCAGUGUUUUACAUUAUGAAUGCAUGCAGUGUUUUACAUUAUGAACGCAUGCAGUGUUUUACAUUAUGAACGGAACGCAUGCAGUGUUUUACAUUAUGAACGCAUGCAGUGUUUCCAUAUUUUCAUUAUUUCCUAAUCCAAAUGAUUUUCAAACCAUUGUAUGGUGCCAGCAGAAAUCUUAGAUGAUGCCGAAGAAAACUAUCACAGAAACUUGUACUGUAAUUGAUUCAUCUUGAGAGUUAUUGAAUGUUGUUUACACUGUUAAUUAUAUGUAUAAGCGGCAUUCAUAUUUCAGUAAAUAUCUGAAGAAGCAAACACUCAGGAAUUGUUUGCCUUCAUAUAUGAAACUGUUAGAAUGGCUGAACAUAUGUGUUGCAAAUACUGUGUGUCCAGGAGGCAUUGUUUCCAAGGUAUGAGAAGAUGAUUGUGAAAGCUCAGCGAAAAUAUGUCUGGAUUUCUUUUGUAUUAUAAUAUGUUACUGUAUUGAUAUAAAGACUUUGAAUGCAUUGAGUUCAAUUGUUGAAAAAUGUUAUUAAACAAUAUUAAUGUUU